UUAACCAUUUGAUUUGCAUAUGGCAUCUCAAGUACUAACCCCAUUAGCCCUUGUUUUCCUUAUGUUCACAACCCUGUUCGAUGCCUCUAUUGCGGGUGUCAUUUCUAUCUACUGGGGGCAGAAUGGGGCAGAGGGUACUUUGGCUGAUACAUGUAAUAGUGGCAAUUAUGCCAUUGUGAACAUAGCUUUCCUAUCCACAUUUGGCAAUGGAAACACUCCAAAGCUCAAUCUUGCUGGCCAUUGUGAUGCAACCAAUAAUGGCUGCAGUUUCCUUAGCAAUCAGAUUAAGGCAUGCCAGAAUCAAGGCGUCAAGGUGAUGCUUUCCAUAGGAGGAAAUGAUGGGAACCAUGACCUUUCUUCAGCUGUUGAAGCCAGGACAUUUGCAGAAUACUUAUGGAACAACUUUCUAGGGGGGCAAUCAAACACACGCCCACUAGGCAAUGCAAUUUUGGAUGGGAUUGACUUUGCCAUAGUGUCAGGCUCAACCCAACACUGGGACGAACUUGCUAUGGCAAUAUCAGAGCAUGGCAAACAGAAGAAGAUAUAUCUAAGUGCAGCUCCUCAGUGUCCCAUCCCAGAUAAAUGGCUAAGUAGUGCUAUAGAAACUGGUCUAUUUGACUACAUUUGGGUCCAAUUCUAUAACAACCCUCCAUGCCAAUACAAUGGGAAUGCAGAAAAUUUAAAAAACUAUUGGAACAAGUGGAUUGGAACCAAGGUUGGACAAGUUUUCUUGGGGUUGCCAGCUGCACAAGGUGCUGCAGGGAGUGGGUAUGUUUCACCUGAUGUGCUUAACUCUCAAGUGCUACCAUUUAUUAAAGGUUCUGCCAAGUAUGGGGGUGUUAUGCUUUGGUCUAAGUUCUAUGAUAAUGGGUAUAGUACAGCUAUUAAGGCCAACGUGUGAGGGAUAAGGCUUCAUUCCAUUCGGUCAGGUCUGAUUGAUUUCCUUGUUGAUGCUUUCUGGACCAGUAAUUAUCAGACCCCGUGGAAAGAUUAGACAAUAACUAGAUAAUAAUGUAUUUGAAUAUGAAUGGAUAGUAAUAGACUAAUACUAUACUUAAUCUUUUUACUCCUGCUAAUAAAGUGCGGUGUCAUCAUGUGUAACAAAUAUUGAAUCAAGUAUGCUUAAUGCUUUUA